AUGAAAUUGCGUUCAUAUCUAUCAAUCAAACUAUGUUCAUAUCUAUCUAUCUAUCUAUCUAUCUAUCUAUCUAUCUAUGAAAUUGCGUUCAUAUCUAUCUAUCUAUCUAUCUAUCUAUCUAUCUAUCUAUCUAUCUAUCUAUCUAUCUAUCUAGUUGUCUAUUUUGUCGAAGAUUCUUCACUCAUUUUUUUAUUCAUUCAUUCUUCUUUCUUUUCAUUUCAACAAUUCGUUCGUCGAUUCCUCCAGUUGUUUUUAACGCAUAUCAAUUAUUGUUUUCUCCUUCAAGCAUUCUCUCAAGUAUCAUUUUCUCCUUUUCUCUAUUUCUGUUUCUUUCUUUUUCUUUCUUUCUUUCUUUCUUUCUUUCUUUCUUUCUUUCUUUCUUUCUUUUUUCUUUAUCUAUUUUGCUUCUUUCUCUCGAGGUAUCUUUUUCUCCUUUUCUCUAUUUCUGUUUCUUUCUUUUUCUUUCUUUCUUUCUUUCUUUCUUUCUUUCUUUCUUUCUUUCUUUCUUUCUUUCUUUCUUUAUCUAUUUUGCUUCUUUCUCUCGAGGUAUCUUUUUCUCCUUUUCUCUGUUUCUGUUUCUUUCUUUUUUUUCUUUCUUCUUUUUUUCUUUCUUUUCUUUUUCUUUUUUCUUUAUCUAUUUUGCUUCUUUCUCUCGAGGUAUCUUUUUCUCCUUUUCUCUGUUUCUGUUUCUUUCUUUCUUUCUUUCUUUCUUUCUUUCUUUCUUUCUUUCUUUCUUUCUUAAUCUUUUUCUUCUUUAUCUAUUUUGCCUCUUUCUCUCGAGGUAUCUUUUUCUUCUUUUCUCUGUUUCUGUUUCUGUUUCUUUCUUUCUUUCUUUCUUUCUUUCUUUCUUUAUUUCUUUCUUUAUUUCUUAAUCUUUUUCUUCUUUAUCUAUUUUGCCUCUUUCUCUCAAGGUACCUUUUUCUCCUUUUCUCUAUUUCUGUUUCUUUCUUUCUUUCUUUCUUUUUUCUUUAUCUAUUUUGCUUCUUUCUCUCGAGGUAUCUUUUUCUUCUUUUCUCUGUUUCUGUUUCUUUCUUUCUUUCUUUCUUUCUUAAUCUUUUUCUUCUUUAUCUAUUUUGCGUUUUUCUUUCUCUUCAUCCCCAUUUCUUUUCUCCCAUUUAUUUCUCUUUACUUUCAACAACAGUUUUUUUGUUUCUUUUAUCUUUCUUUCAUUCUAUCUUUCUUUCUUUUCGGGAUAUCUUUUUUUACCCACUUUUCUUCCCUUUUAUCAUCAUUUACUGCAUUUCUUCCUUCCCAUCGUUUCGCAAUUAUCUUUAUAUCCUUUCUCAGACUUUUAUUUCUUUCUUUUAUUUCCCAACCCUCUUCUCUCUUUUCAAUUUGAAACCAAUCUAUCUAUCUAUCUAUCUAUCUAUCUAUCUAUCUAUCUAUCUAUCUAGUUCUGUUUUCUAUCUAUCUAUCUAUCUAUCUAUCUAG